AUGUACGGGAGAUGGGCACAGGACAUCGUCGUGCAGCUCUCCGUGGUGCAAGGAAUCGCGUGGAUGGCGUUGCUCCUGUUCGCGCUCGAGAUGAAGAAGGCAAGUGGUGCUGCCGGCUUUGCUCCGGUGGCUAUCGUAGCCGGCGCUGGUGGCCAGGUGGUGGCACUCGAACCGCAACAAGCAACAGACGUGGGGUGCAACACCGACGUCGUUGCACGUCCUACGUUAGGAUCACUGAUGAAGACGGUGCGACUCAAGCUCGCUCUCAAUCCCAACAUAUACGCUAGAGUGGCACUUCGAGACGCCAUUAAUCAUGGAGAGAUUGGUGUUGGUGAUGUCCAAGGUUGGGACAUACAUAUAAUGACGCCGCUCUAUGUCGCAUUCGACCUCGGCUAUGGCUCGGUACAGUGGUGGCACAUCUUCACUAGCGAGCAUUGCGAGGCGAUCAACCGCCUCAUCAUCUACUUCACCUUCAAGUUCACCAAUACUAAUUUUUGA